CGUUCACAUGAAAUUUGUCAGAAGAACCAUGUUGCUUCUAGGGAUUUGGCCUAUUAAAGCCCAAGGCUUUACAAAGAGAUUUUACGAAACAUAUUUCUGGAUCACUUUCGCUUAUUACAUUGCUUUCAACAUCAGCGGCCUGACCAUGGCAAUGCUAACCUGGAGCCACAAUUACUUAAUAACAGCCAAUAGUAUGGCAAUUGUAAUUGAAUACGUCAGCAAUGCUUACAAGGUUUUGCUGCUCAAAUCGCAAACUUUCAAGGAUUUACUGCACGAAAUAGCCGAUUCAGAGCGAAACAUUUUCGACAGUAAUGAUCGAGAUUUUACGGACAUUUACGCAAAAAAUACAGAAAAAAACCGCAAAAUCGUUUUGUUUUACACCAUUAUGGGCACUACAGGAAUUAGCCUAUAUUUUAUCACUCCUCUAGUGAGCAACGCUGUAACUCCCUUGGGCUUUAAUAACGAUACGGGAGUUGUAAACCAUCACUUCAUAAUAUUUUCAUGGUUUCCCUUUGAUCCAGAUCGUCACUAUUCAGCAGCCUAUUUAAUACAAUUUACUGGGUGUUUGUUUGGGUAUUCAUAUAUAGUGCAUUGUGGAGCUUUUUAUUUGAGCAUUCUAACCUUUAUAGCCGCUAAAUUGAAAAUCCUACAACACCUUUUCGUACACUUUUCGAAAUACAGCAGGCAAAUGGAAAACGCUUAUGAACUUAAUGAAGAACAAGCUCAGUUUGUUUUACUGAGACUUCUGAUACAGGAACACUCAAAGAUAAUAGAUUUCGUCAAAAGAACCAACAACUGCAUCAAGUUGUACACCUUGAUAAAUUUCUUGGUAUCUUCGUUUCAACUGUCGCUAGUAGCUUACCAAAUAUUUAAGUUGCCUCCAUUACAACAAGUAACAGUAUUCAGCUACUUCAUCACUUUAAUCACGCAACUAAUUUUGAACUAUCAAGCUGCACACGCAAUUUCCAUUGAGAGUCAAAAUCUUGCCGGAAGCAUAUUCAAAGGCGACUGGCACUCAUACUCUCCAAAAAUCCUGAGAAUUCUACAAUUGGUCUGCAUGAGAGCUCAGAAGCCUUUAGCCAUGACCCUGCACUCAUUCGCAAAUGUGCAAGUAAAUCUACUAAUCAAGAUAUUCAAAGCUCUGUACUCCUAUAUCUGCCUUAUUUUGAAAACUUAAGCGAUGCUCACGAAGAAACCAAAAUUGAAAUUUCACCAUUACAUUGAGAAACCGAUAGGACACUUAGAGGAAGCUUUUGCUGUGUUUUUCAACAAAUUAAGCUAAUAGAUGUGCAAAUUAAUCAUAAAUAAUCAUUUAUU